AUUUGAGCAUUCCACAUCAAACAUUUUUGAAUACAAUUAAAUCAGUUCCUUCUUACAUUGGUGAGCAAAGAAUAUGAAGAUGGAAAACACAAAUUCUUGGUCUCUUGUCAAUGCAGCUAGAUUGUUGAUCUCCAUUGUUGUGGUGAUUCUCCACUUGGGGUCUAGAUGGGUCAUUGGAGCACCACAAGCCACAGCAAUGUUUGUGUUUGGAGACUCAUUAAUUGACAAUGGAAACAACAACUACUUGUUGGGCUCUUUAGCAAAAGCUAAUUACUUACCUUAUGGGGUUGAUUUUGAGCAGGGAGCGACCGGCCGAUUCACUAAUGGUAAAACCAUAAUCGAUCUCCUAGGAGAUAAGUUGGGUUUGCCGUACCUUCCGGCCUUCGCAGAUCCACUCACAGUCGGAACAAGAAUUCUUAAAGGAGUGAAUUAUGCAUCAGCGGCUGGGGGGAUCCUUGAUAUCUCGGGGCUACAUCUCGGACAAAGGUUCAGCUUAAGGCAGCAGGUUAUCAGCUUUGGAAUAACUUUGAGUCAAUUGAGGAUCCAACUGGGGGGGAUGAACAUGAAUCUAAGCGAGUACCUGGCCAAAUCGAUCGCUGUGAUGGCACUCGGUAGCAAUGACUACGUCAAUAACUAUCUUAUGCCCUCCCUUUACCCUACUAGCUUCAUCUAUAAUCCCCGUGACUAUGCAGAUCUCCUCGUCAACCAGUACUCCACGCAGAUUCUGGCACUCCACAGCUUAGGGUUAAGGAAGUUCUUCUUAGCAGGGUUGGGCCCAAUAGGAUGCAGCCCCAGUCAAGCAAGAGGGCAAUGUGCCACGGGCGUAAAUGACAUGAUGGGAUUGUUCAACGAACGGCUCAGAUCACUUGUCGACCUGCUGAAUGCCAAUCAUCCGGGGUCAAUCUUUGCCUAUGGCAACACAUAUGGAGUUUUUGGUGAUAUACUCAAUAAUCCAGCUGCAUAUGGAUUUAUGAUUACAACUCGAGGGUGUUGUGUUCUUGGGGUGAAUCAAGGAACAUGUCUUCCCCUCUCAACCCCAUGUCCAAACAGGAGGGAAUAUGUGUUUUGGGAUGCUUUCCAUCCAACAGAAGCUGUUGAUGAAAUCCUUGCUCAAAGGGCUUACGCUGGCCCUCCUUCAGACUGCUAUCCAAUCAAUGUUCAACAAAUAGCACAAAUGUAG